AAGGAACUCUAAUAGUUUCGCCAUGUCUGUCUGUUUGUCUGUCCGCGGUUUUACUCAGAGGCUAUAAAUCCUCUGAGUAAAACCGCGGACAGAGCCGCAUUGCCCCUAUGAAUAUGUCAAACGAUCUAUAUUUAUAACAAUUAUAUUAUUUUAAUUUAAUUAGUUUUAAAAUUAGUCAAUUUUAUAUAUCUUUUCAUUUGUAGUAUAUUUUAAUUCAUUGAAUUACGACAAAAAAAAAUUCUAUGCCUAGGGAACCGCGGCUCCGACGUUGUCUGUAUUAUUUUAUAUACCUAUGUUAGUAUUUUCAAUACUAAAAAAUAUUGCAUGCCUGAAGGGGCAAACUGUUGAUACUGUUAAAUGUAAUUCCAUCUAUAUGUCUACACAGUUAUGCAAUAAAUAUUUUGAGUUUGAGUUUGCGACGGAGGUUGUUUGCUUUUUUUGACAGGCGUUGUUGUUCGAUGCGUUGCGGUUGCGUGAUUAGUUGUUCUGACUUGUGGCUAGGAAUGUGAAAAAAAAUCGAUUAUGGAAAAAAUCGAUUUUUAUAAUCAUACAAUAAUUUGCACUCCGACAUUACGUUUUUGUCUUCUGGCUUGUAGCCCGGAACGCGAACUGCCAAAGAAUACCAUAUCAUAUCAUAGCUCCAUAAUAUUACAUUAACGCCAUCUGUGCAUUCUUUCUGUGCUCUUAAAACAGUUUAGAUGAUUAAUUUAAUCAAACAUUCUCUAGAUGGAAUUAGUCGAUGAACAGUAUUUUACCGCCAUUCGGUUGAUUUUUUAUUCAUUAUGCGUUGCUGAAACUUCAUUUUUCAAACUUGAUUGUUAAAAACUUUAACUUGUGUUGAUUAUAUAAGAACUUACUGUUUCUGUUGUUUAUUUUUAAUGAAUAAAUCUAUUGAUAUAAUGUAUAUGGCGUUUUAAAAAUUAGGAAAAAAUCUAUCAAUAUAAUAAAAUCGAUUAUUUUCUUAAGAAAAAUCGAUUAUUUGUUAAUCGAUUUAUCAUACUUAAAAAAUAAAUCGAUUAUAUAAAAAUCGAUUUUUUUACAGCAAUGUCACAUCCCUACUGUGGCGUAGAGAUGUCGUCGCCACACCAGCAAAUAUUGUUUUUUUAAUGUUAAGUAGCUAUGUAGCUCUGACUAUGUAGUGAUACUUUUGAUCUGAUAAGUAUCAAAGAUAAAAUUCCAAUUCAAGAAAAAGCGAAUAAUCUGAGGGUUUUUUUAUAACUGAAUCUCAAUAAAAUCUGUAUAUAAAGACAUAUUAUGUUUAUACAUAAUCAAGUAAAAAGCGUCGGUGGUCGAAUCGGAAAGGUGCCCGGUUAAAAUGCGUGAUGCGCAGAAAGGCACAGGUUCUCAAUGCUCGUACGGUAAGGGAAAACAUUGUGAGAAAACCUGCACAGGCAACUGGAUGUAUAAUUAUUACUGAUCUCUUACUACUUAGUAAAAUCAGUUUUUUUACAUCAAAAACUUAAAGCUCCAAAUGCUUCAUAUGUAAAUUUAGAAAAAAUCGAAGACGGUAUAAAAAAUCGAUCUAUUGGGCUUGAAAAAUCGAUUCGUCGAUUAAUCAAACCUCUAACUAAAGGAUAUUAGUUGCAGUGCUGCCAUUUUAGCGCUUUUUUUAUGAGUUUGGAGCGUUUUACAGAAUUAUAGCGCCUAGCGGAUAAUCUGGCGCUUUUUUCAUUUACGUCAUGACAUAUUAAAGAACUCUAUGGCUCUAUCAGCAUCAGUUAUUUUAAAGCCCAAUAGAGUGCUUCAACAUUUUAUACAAGUUUUGGAGUCUUGGAGUAAGCGACAUAGACAGUAGUUACUCUCCAGCAAUGGCAAGCAAUAAUAUUAGAAAAGUGGGUGAAUACCGAUGACACGGUAAAAUUCUGGGCUGAAGUUCAGCAGUCGAAAGAUGCAGCUGGCAAUUGUACAUAUAAAGAUUAAUUCGAAGUUGCCACAAAAAUAAUGAAAUUACCAUAUUCUAAUGCGGAUAUAGAAAGAGUUUUCAGUUUAAUGAAUGUUGUAAAAACGAAAUUAAGGAAUACAUUAAAAUUAAAAAAUAUAAAUGCUAUUCUUACAAUUCGUACAGGACUAACUGUCGCAGACCGCAAUUGUUCGCAUUAUGACAUUCCAGCCGAUGUCUUGCGAAAGAUUGGAACAUCGGAAAAAUAUUUUAAAACUACUAAUGAACCUUUACCACGCCCUAGUUCAGCAGAUAGCUAUUUUUUUGUUAAUUUCGAAAAUAAACGUUUUACUUAAGUAAUUUUUUGUUUGUUUGCUUUAUUUCAUUCAAGAAAAAUUGUUCUUUUAGCGCGAUAUCUAGCGCUUUUUUACAUCUUACAGCGCUCUAUCGGAUUUUUGGUCUGGCAGCACUGAUUAAUUGUUAGUAUAGUAUCUGUGUCCUAGCCUCGCCUUUUUUGCUGUUCGUUCAAAUAAUUAUUUAUAGUCAGAUAUAUUGUUUAUACAUAUUUAUGCCCUAAAAAUCACAAUGGGAAAAGAUGAAGUAUCAACGAAAAAACGGCGAAAAUUAAAUACUACCACGUCAAGUGAUAUCACCAAACAAGCGCCUGUUGAUGUUUAUAAGCGUGUCGUGGAAUUUGAGGAAACAGAAGCGCAGCUUCGGCCCGCCGAGAAAGAUGCCACUUUAUUCAAGAAGAUUUGCCAGGACAUCAGACUCUUGCUUGCAGACAUUGCGGAUUUGAAGGCAAAGGAUACAGAAGAAGCAAAAGAAAAAAUCACUGCCAAACGAAUAGAAGCUUCACUAAAUUUGGUUGCACUUAAAAAGUUAAAUCGUCUUGAGAAAGUACGCACAAGGGCUGGGCGAGAUACUUUGCAUAAAGAAAAGCAGAGGGUAGACUCUACUCACUUGCUGCUGCAGAACUUACUGUAUGAAGCAGAUCAUCUCAACAAAGAGGUCACCAAAUGUCUUCAAUUCAAGUCAAAAGAUGAAGAAAUCGAACUUGUGCCUGUAGAAGACUUCUAUAGAGAUGCUCCAGCUGAAAUAGCACGUCCUGAAAUUACAAAGACUGACUUGCAUCAACUUCAACUGUCAAGACUUGAAUGGGAACUGCGUCAACGUCGUGAGCUAGCUGGAGCAUGCAAUGAGUUGGUUGCAUCAAAAGAACGGGUCGCCGCAGCUAUUGCGGCUGCUAGGUCCAGGCUUGAAGCCUUGGCCCCGCAUCUCAAAGAUGUCUUGAAAUCCACAAAACCUCUGCAGGAAUGUUUGGCUAUGAGACUGGACGAGAAGAGGGAUGAAGCAAGGGUAGCUUCCUUGUUGCCACCGCCAUUGUUUUUGCUGUAUGCUAACUCCAGUGCUUAUUCAGAUGCUCUUGGAGUUAAAACUGUGACUGUUGGUAUCUCUGGUGAUGAAGAUGAAGCACGAAGAUUAGAUCAGCUCAGUAAUAUUGACAGUGAAUUAGUAGUCUCUAAUGACUCAGAUUCAGACCAAGAUAAUAAUGAAGAAGAACACAGGGAAAAGAAGAAGCGCCACCAUAGGUCUUCAAAAGUCUCCAAGGAAGAAAAAGCGGAAGCCAAGAAAAAGGAAGUUUUAAAGAAACAUCCUCUGAGUGUACAAGUAUCAGUUAAAGUUUCUGAUGGAACUGGUCUGAACCUAAUUUUUUCUUAUCUUAUUCAUCUAAAAAUUGUUGUGGUGAAAUUCACUGUGUUAAUGCCACAACCAGUCACAGGAGUGUCAGCCGCUGAUGUGCUGAGUGGGCACUGUAUUCUCAAUGAACUGUAUCCCUCAGACACGGGAAAUGAUUCUCCCCAUCCAGCCACUUCUUACUUAUUAAAUGCUGCAGGUAUAUCGGAAGAUUUUCAGCAUUUUAUACCUGAAGUUGGUAAGCCUUAUAUUUGGGCACAAAGAAUGUGUGGUCUAGAUUUCAUGGCUGCUAUUUUGGACGAUCAAAAAAUUAAAAAAGUUAUGCAACCCUGCCAGAGCUUAAGCGUAAGUACAGUUGAAAACUUCAUUCUUACUUUAAAGAAAAGAUUAAAGUCACGAGUGGAACUUAUGAAGGAGUUACAAGAUCUGGAAUCUGGGAAAAUCAUACCUCCCACAGGAAACGUGCCUGUGCGAUUAUCAGGUUCUUUGACUCAAUGGCAGUCUGUAGGUUGGCCAGAGUACAACCAGUCUCCUUCAACAGCAUUUUUGAUAUCAGAGGGAUUGGUCAAUUGUAAUGAUAUGCUCUAUAGGGCUAUUAUUACAAGACAAUCAGCAAAACUAGUUGCAUUUGUUGCACUGGCGAGCGACUACCCGAAGAAGGCCCCGUUAUUUUCAUUGACACUUCAUUGGAAUGGAACCCAUCACUCGGGAAUAAACGAUGAUAUUAGGGAUAUUGAAAGGAUUAUAAACACUGACUGGGUAACAAGAGAAAAAGAAGUGCCAUCCCUAUCAACGCAAAUGACAAAGCUGUUGACUUAUCUAGAUAUUCUAUUAGAAACAAUGGGUUCUUCAGAGUUUCCUCCUGAUAAGGUUAUGUUCUGUUCAGUACGGGGACGUAAUAGAAUUAAGCCUUACCGAUUCUUGAAACAAGGCAAUGGAGUGUUUGUGCAGUUCUAAUUUCAUGAAAUUGUAUGAAUUAAAUAUAAGUCAAUAACUAGUA